AAUCAUUUUUGGAAAAGAAGAUGGAAGCAGUCAAUUUAAAGACUCCUCCAAGCUCAAUGAGAAAACUGAGAGCUUGUCUCAUUUGCUCCCUGAUAAAGACGGAAGAGCAGUUUUAUCAAGAAGGAUGUGACAAUUGAGCAACUGCUUUCGAUGGAGUUGAUGGAGGUACUACUCCAAACUUUUCAGGAAUGAUUUCGAUGAUGGAUCCUGAUUCUAGCUGGGUCGCUAGGUAUAAGAGACUACAGAAAUUGGUGCCAGGGUGAUAUGCAGUGGAUGUGCAAAAGGAUUAAGCAAUUGAUAAGUGUUUU